UUUUUUUUUUAAUUUCUGAGUUUAGAUGCUUAAUUAUUAAUCCUGAUCACUAGUGUGUGCAAUAAUUGUUGUGAAUGGGUAUUAUUGUGCUUGUAGUUUUUAUUGAUGUGACAGUUUUCUCGUUAUAAUUUUACUCGAUAACAAAUGAAACAAUCAAUUAACAAAACAGAUUAGGAAAAUUAGAAGUUAUCUGUUCGUGUUUAUUGGUGCUAUUAUAUGCUAGUUAUUGAUUAUCCUGUUAAAUUCAUGAGUUUCGGUGGAGUUCGGGUUAGUGGAAUUUGAUAGUUUGUUGAUUUUGUGGCAUUGAGGGUUAAAUGAUUUUGAUGUAGAUUUGUGAUGGGAAGUUAGUUGAUGCGAGAUACGUGACUCUUGUGAUAGAGUGUUUUAGUUUGAUAUGAGAUGAUUUGGUGCUCAAUUGAGAGUUAGGACUUGUGCACAAUGGAGGAUCUCAAAGAACGCCUACUUGCACCUGGUUCUCUUUCAAAUCUCAGAGAUGGAUCUUUUAGGCCUUCUGCUUCUGGUCGUCAGGCUUUCCAAGGUGUAGAUGUUUUAGGCCUAAUGAAACGGGGCCAAGGUGUUCGAUCAUGGAUUCGUGUUGAUACAUCUGGUGACUCUCAAGUUAUCGAAGUUGAUAAAUUUACCAUGAUGCGUAGAUGUGAUCUCCCAGCUCGUGAUCUACGCUUGCUUGAUCCUUUAUUUGUUUAUCCUUCGACGAUUCUUGGUAGAGAGAAGGCCAUUGUUGUAAACUUGGAGCAGAUUCGAUGUAUUAUUACAGCUGACGAGGUUUUGCUUCUGAAUUCUCUUGAUAGUUACGUAUUGCAGUAUGUGGUGGAGCUACAACGAAAACUGACAACUAGUGGCGUAGGUGAAGUUUGGCAGCUUGAAGGCAAUGAGUUUAAUGGAAGGAGAGGAAAUAGGAGCUUUAAUAAUAUUUAUGAGAACACAUCGCCUGACUACUUGCCGUUUGAGUUCAGGGCUCUUGAAGUUGCUCUAGAGGCUGCUUGCACAUUUCUGGAUACCCAGGCUGGCGAAUUGGAGAUUGAAGCUUAUCCAUUGUUAGAUGAACUUAUAUCGAAGAUCAGUACCUUAACCUUAGAAAAAGCUCGCCGACUUAAAAGCAGGCUUCUGGCCUUGACUCGGAGAGUUCAGAAGGUCAGAGAUGAGAUAGAGCAGUUGAUGGAUGAUGAUGGAGAUAUGGCAGAGAUGUAUCUUACGGACAAGAAAAGGCGAAUGGAGUCAUCGCCAUUCUACGGGGAUCAAUCUUUGGCGGGAUUCGGAUGCAAUGAUACUGCAUUAUCAGUUUCUGCUCCAAUUACUCCUGUUUCUUCACCUCCUGAUAGCCGAAGGCUUGAGAAAACAUUAAGCACCGGAAGGAGCAGGCAUGGAAGCAUGAGGAGUACAGAGAGUACAACAGACCGGAUAGAAGAGCUGGAGAUGUUGUUGGAGGCAUAUUUUGUUGUCAUUGAUAGUACCCUCAACAAGCUGACAUCGCUGAAGGAGUACAUUGAUGACACAGAAGACUUUAUUAACAUUCAGCUGGAUAACGUUCGGAACCAGCUUAUACAAUUCGAGCUGCUACUUACUACUGCGACUUUUGUUGUUGCUAUCUUUGGUGUGGUAGCUGGAAUAUUUGGCAUGAACUUCCCAAUAGCAUUUUUCGAUGUUCCUGGCGCUUUCAAGUGGGUCCUGAUUAUUACUGGAAUCACAGGGGCUGUCAUAUUUUCUACUUUCUUGUGGUAUUUCAGAUACAGAAGACUGAUGCCACUUUAGAUUAUGCAAAUGAGAACUUGUUCAGAUAAUCAUCAGGCAAGUAGUUUUCUUGAGUAUGGAGAUAAAUUUGAGUCCUAUCGAGUUUUAAAUCUCAAUAUAUUGCAGGAUAAAAUCCUUUGAUUUAUCACAAAGUGGGACUUAAUUUGGUAGAUUUGAAAAGGAAAAAAUUCGUUUUUUCCGAUAUAUUUUUCCAAUGCACUUAGCCUGGAGCUGGACCAUUUGGGAACUGUCCAGUUGGACAGAAAAGACAGUCUAGUUCACUUUAGGGCCCUACUGUUGCAUGUUAUUAUUUUAUAUAUCAAUUUUUUUAGUGCAAAAUGUGUUGUAAACUUUCCUGGUAUGCCGAAGUUCCUUUCCAGAGA